GGCGCGGCCGCGGGGCGUGGCCCGGUCAGGACACACCUUCGCUCCGCCCCUGCCGGCGGCUGCACGGGCUCACGCUCAGCCGUCCCCGCCGCUGCCGCCGCCGGGCUCUGCCUCAGUGCCGGGAGUUGCGCCCGUUGUACCUGACCGGAGCUACUUCUGCCUGUGAAGCUGUCUAGAAAUUCCCAGGCUGAUGAGGGAAGCAACAGACAGUUGCGAUCGCACUCAGCCACUUUGGGGCGGCCUCUCGAUAUCGUCCCUUCGCGUUGUGCAUCUCGCUGCUGUGCUGUGUGUGCCUGGUGACUCCUUACGGAAAGGAAGACAAUAAGAGGUGAAUUGCGUAUCCUUUCGGCAGCCUUCUGUAAACUUGGAAUACCGUGGUUCAAGCAACUGAACAGAUGGAUAAUGGAGACUGGGGAUAUAUGAUGACCGAUCCAGUCACGCUAAAUGUGGGUGGACACAUGUACACGACAUCCCUCACAACUCUCACGAGAUAUCCUGACUCGAUGCUCGGGGCCAUGUUCAGGGGAGACUUCCCCACUGCCAGGGACUCUCAGGGCAAUUACUUCAUUGACAGAGAUGGACCACUUUUCCGUUAUGUUCUUAACUUUUUAAGGACCUCAGAGCUCACUUUGCCACUGGACUUCAAGGAGUUUGACCUACUUCGAAAGGAAGCGGACUUCUAUCAGAUCGAACCACUAAUUCAGUGUCUUAAUGACCCCAAGCCGCUGUAUCCCGUGGAUACCUUUGAGGAGGUGGUGGAGCUCUCCAGCACACGGAAACUUUCCAAGUACUCCAACCCGGUGGCUGUCAUCAUCACGCAGCUCACUAUCACGACGAAAGUCCAUUCCUUACUGGAAGGCAUUUCAAACCACUUCACUAAGUGGAAUAAGCACAUGAUGGACACCAGGGACUGCCAGGUUUCCUUCACUUUUGGGCCGUGCGAUUACCACCAGGAAGUGUCGCUCCGAGUCCAUCUGAUGGAGUACAUCACAAAACAAGGCUUCACGAUCAGGAACACCCGCGUUCACCACAUGAGCGAGCGAGCCAACGAGAACACAGUGGAGCACAACUGGACUUUCUGCAGACUGGCACGGAAAACAGAUGACUGAUUCUGACUCCGCAGGAGCCACUUCAGUGAUUAGCAACUUAAUGGGACAGUAAACCCGAGAGAGUCUGGAUUUUGACUAAAGCAACAAUGUGGGCUUUUUUUUAUACGACUAUUUAUUGUUUAUCCAUAAAGACUGGAGGAGUUUCCUUCUCUAGCAGCUCUGUCCUUUUGUCCUGUUCAGAAAAAAAACAUGCAUGUGCCUGUUCAGUCAAGACACCUUUUUGUUUGAAAGAGGGAGUCCGAAGAAUUAGUACGAUAGGGUAUUUUGUGUCAUUAACACAAUUCUCUGACGCAACUUAAAGUGCUAAAAUUACCUCCGUUAAAAUGGUUUCUAAUCCAUCUAAUGCUAUGAUACUGGGAGCAAGAAACAAACAAUUUAAGAUGCGGUUGGGGAAAAGCUGCUAUCAUGUAGACUAAUUUAGUUUCUAAAUCAAUAAACAGUAUUGUAAUAUUCUAGGAAAACCAAUCCCACCCUUUAAAAGUACUUGAUAAGUACAGUUUCUUACAGUUAUGACAACUGUUUCUUUCUAUGCAUAUAAAUCAAGCAACCAAAUAUUAUCUGUAGCCAUGGAAAUAUGAUUAGAAAUAUUUAUAUUGGAUUCUAAAUGCAAAAUGUCCCUGUGGUAGAAUUCUUAUUUUUUAAUGCCUGGUGCAAUAUUAUUCCCAAGUGUAAUGCCUGCCAGCAAGAACCUAAUAAAAAUGUGAAAUACAGAA